AUGUUAGGUGUUGUUGGUAUUCUAGCGGUAAAUCCCGCAGAAGCGUAUCCCGUUUUUGCACAACAAAACUACGCAAACCCACGUGAAGCAAACGGUCGUAUUGUUUGUGCUAACUGUCACUUAGCUCANAAACCUGUUGAAAUUGAAGUUCCUCAAGCUGUUUUACCGAAUACAGUAUUUGAAGCGGUUAUUGAAAUUCAUAUGAUAAACAAGUCAAACAAUCCAGAACAAAAAAAUAUNUUAGUUGUAGGUCCAGUACCAGGCAAAAAAUACAGCGAAAUGGUAGUUCCUAUUUUAUCCCCAGAUCCUGCUAAAAAUAAAAACGUUUCUUUUUUAAAAUAUCCUAUUUACUUUGGCGGUAACCGUGGCCGUGGUCAAGUUUAUCCGGAUGGUAAAAAAUCAAACAACACUAUCUAUAAUGCAUCAGCGGCUGGUAAAAUUGUAGCAAUUGCUCCUAUUGAGAAAAAAGGUGGUUAUGAAAUCACAAUUGAAAAAGCAAAUGGUGAAACUAUUAUCGAUAAAAUUCCAGCAGGUCCAGAUUUAAUUGUUAAAGAAGGCCAAAACGUCCAAGCAGAUCAACCUUUAACAAAUAACCCGAAUGUAGGUGGUUUUGGUCAAGCUGAAACUGAAAUUGUACUACAAAACCCAGCUCGUAUUCAAGGUUUAUUAGUAUUCUUUAGUUUUAUUUUAAUUACACAAAUUUUAUUAGUUCUUAAGAAAAAACAAUUUGAAAAAGUUCAAUUAGCAGAAAUGAACUUCUAAUUUUAUAAUAACGUUUUUUGCUUAUUAAGAUAAAAAUGUAGUUCUUACAACGAAAACACAAGUCUUGUGGUUUAUCGUAGUUUAAUGAGUAGCUCUAACCUAGUAAAGUUAAGCUAGGACGCUCUUCAUCCCCUAAAGGGGAACCGAAGGGGACAACCAACGCACUUC